AGCCACUGUCGAGUCCGCGUCCACCCGCGAGCGUAGCCUCCUUGCAGCUCCUCCGUCGCCGGUCCACACCCGCCACCAGUUCGCCAUGGAUGACGAUAUCGCUGCGCUCGUCGUCGACAACGGCUCCGGCAUGUGCAAAGCCGGCUUCGCGGGAGAUGAUGCACCCCGGGCCGUCUUCCCCUCCAUCGUGGGCCGCCCUAGGCACCAGGGUGUGAUGGUGGGUAUGGGUCAGAAGGACUCCUACGUGGGCGACGAGGCCCAGAGCAAGAGAGGCAUCCUGACCCUGAAGUACCCCAUUGAACACGGCAUUGUCACCAACUGGGANGACAUGGAGAAGAUCUGGCACCACACCUUCUACAAUGAGCUGCGUGUGGCCCCUGAGGAGCACCCUGUGCUGCUCACCGAGGCCCCCCUGAACCCUAAGGCCAACCGUGAAAAGAUGACCCAGAUCAUGUUUGAGACCUUCAACACCCCAGCCAUGUACGUAGCCAUCCAGGCUGUGCUGUCCCUGUAUGCCUCUGGUCGUACCACUGGCAUUGUGAUGGACUCCGGAGACGGGGUCACCCACACUGUGCCCAUCUACGAGGGCUAUGCUCUCCCUCAUGCCAUCCUGCGUCUGGACCUGGCUGGCCGGGACCUGACAGACUACCUCAUGAAGAUCCUGACCGAGCGUGGCUACAGCUUCACCACCACAGCUGAGAGGGAAAUCGUGCGUGACAUCAAAGAGAAGCUGUGCUAUGUUGCCCUAGACUUCGAGCAGGAGAUGGCCACUGCCGCAUCCUCUUCCUCCCUGGAGAAGAGCUAUGAGCUGCCUGACGGCCAGGUCAUCACUAUUGGCAACGAGCGCUUCCGGUGCCCUGAGGCUCUUUUCCAGCCUUCCUUCUUGGGUAUGGAAUCCUGUGGUAUCCAUGAAACUACAUUCAAUUCCAUCAUGAAGUGUGACGUUGACAUCCGUAAAGACCUCUAUGCCAACACAGUGCUGUCUGGUGGCACCACCAUGUACCCAGGCAUUGCUGACAGGAUGCAGAAGGAGAUCACUGCUCUGGCUCCUAGCACCAUGAAGAUCAAGAUCAUUGCUCCUCCUGAGCGCAAGUACUCUGUGUGGAUCGGUGGCUCCAUCCUGGCCUCCCUGUCCACCUUCCAGCAGAUGUGGAUCAGCAAGCAGGAGUACGAUGAGUCCGGCCCCUCCAUCGUGCACCGCAAGUGCUUCUAGGCGGACUGUUACUGAGCUGGCGUUUUACACCCUUUCUUUGACAAAACCUAACUUGCGCAGAAAAAAAAAA